AUCUAGUCUUUGCAAUGUCCAUAAAGAGAGUGCUUGUGUUCUGUUUGGUGUUGGGAGUAUGUUGGUGUGGCAAUCUGGACUUCCCUCCAGGUUUCAAGUUCGGAGCCGCCACCUCUGCAUAUCAGAUUGAAGGAGCAUGGAACGCUAGCGACAAACAUUUAAGCGUAUGGGAUUUCGACACCCAAUCGGACCCCAAAAUGGUGAGGGAUGGCAACAAUGGUGAUACAGCUUGUGACUCUUACAAUCUGUACAAGAGAGACGUGGAGAUGGCCAAGGAGUUGGGACUACACUUUUACAGAUUCUCUAUCUCAUGGCCACGUCUCAUGCCUGCAUCAUUUCCAAUCCGCAUCAGCGAAGACGGAAAACGUUACUAUAAUGAUCUCAUUGACGAAUUGUUGAAAAACAACAUUGAACCAAUAGUCACAUUAUAUCAUUGGGAUUUACCGCAAAGACUGCAGAAUUUGGGUGGCUGGGCUAAUCCCCUAAUCGCAGAUUGGUUUGCGGACUACGCUCGCGUAGCCUAUAGCUUCUACGGUGACCGUGUAAAGACCUGGAUUACAAUCAAUGAGCCGAUCGUGAUCUGCGACGUGGUUUAUAAUACUGGACUCUUAGCUCCUAGGGUACAACAUGAGGACGGAGCGUUAAUUUGUAACAAGAACGUUUUGCUGGCUCAUGCUAAAGCAUGGAGGGUUUAUGAUGAAGAAUUUAAGCCUAAGUAUCAUGGAAAGGUAUCGAUGGCAAACCAGAUGGUGUGGCUGGAAGCAGCUUCAAAGGAAGACGAGGACAUUGCCAUACUCGCCAGAGAACAUUCCUAUGGCCGCUACACACAUCCAGUAUUCUCCAGAGAAGGCGGUUGGCCUGCAAAGUUGGAAAGAGCCUAUGCUGACAUCAGUAAGAAACAGGGAUACCUUCGGUCGAAGCUACCAGCUUUCACUAAAAAAGAGAUUGAAUAUAUACGAGGAACAUACGACUUUUUGGCUCUGAAUCAUUACACAAGCCGCAAAGUCCGCAAGGGGUCACCAGGUGAGAGCGCCACCCUCUUCACGGGGAUCUAUGAUUUCGACAUUAAAUUUGAAGUUGAUGAAAGUUGGAAGAACGGAUCUACUUCAUGGUUUUAUGUGUAUCCUGAAGGUAUUCGCAAACAAAUAAACUGGCUGAAGCAACAGUAUGGGGAUGUGGAGAUCUUCAUCACAGAAAAUGGAUAUUGUGACGACGGAGACAUGGUCGAUGAUAAUCGCGUGGAGUAUUACAAGGAUUACUUAAAACAGGUCUUGCUGGCAAUCAAAGAAGACAAAGCCAAAGUCAUUGGCUACACUGCAUGGUCCAUGAUGGACAACUUUGAAUGGAUUGAUGGAUACCAAACAAAGUUCGGUCUAUACAAAGUGGAUUUCGACGACCCAGAGCGCACGCGCACGCCUCGCAAAUCGGCCAAGUUCUACGCUGACGUUAUCAAACAUAAUUCUUUAGACAUUCCCGAGAGUCAGGAGUUGUAGGAACAUCAUAUUCAAGUGUACAUAUAAUAAUAUUAUCGUGUAAUUAAAAUUAAAGCUUUGUGGUGGGCA